AUGCCUCUGAAGAGCAGAGGGAAGGGGAGAAAAGGAGUGAAGCAGCAGCAGAAGAGAAAUGUGGCAGCGAUGGCCCGGCAGUACCAGGAGCUGCAGGAGCAGACAGCAUCCCGCAGCUGCAGCUUGGAGGCGGAGGUGAAGAGCCUUCAGGAACAGCUCGCCACCAGGCUCCGGGGGAGUCGGCAGGCCCAGGAGACGGCUGCCCGGGCACUGGCAGAGAAGGAUGUGACCAUUGCCCAGCUGCAGGGCAGGCUCGACGCCAUGGAGAAGGAGUAUGAGAAGAUCCUCCACGGUAGCCUGGACCUGGUCCUGGCCAAGCUGGUAGGGGCCAGCCGGCGCUGGGAGGAGAUGGGCACGGCCAUCUCCCUGGAGCACAAGGAGCGCCUGAAGGAGUUUGGCCUCAGCCCCCUGGAGAUGUAG